CGUCGUUGUGAGUGUCAGUGUUAUUGGAAUUAUUAUUAUUAUUGAGUAGUGCUCAGUGUCAAAGGAUUUAUUAAAGUGCAGCAAUAAAAGGAUUUAUCUAUCCAUUACCUAUUACCAUGAAAGCAGUGACGGCAAUGUGUCCGAGCGGAGCCUCAGUGUCGCCCGUGGCCAACGGCAGAGUGUCGAGACCGCGCGACGGCGAAAACGCCGAAAUCCAAAUGUACAUCUCGAAGCUCAAAACGCUGGUGCCGUUCAUGCCGAAGAACAGAAAGAUCAGCAAACUGGAAGUUAUACAGAACGUCAUUUAUUACAUUUGUGACUUGCAAAAGGCUCUGGAAUCGAAUCCAGCAGUCAAUAACUUCGACCCUACGCCCAUCACCGGGGUACAGGGUUCACAGCCGGCCAGUCCCAGGCAACCCUUGGGGGUCAGGACUAGUCCCAACACGAUAUUACAGCCUUCCAGUCCAGGGGAAUCCAAUGUCCUCACGAAUUCAGACAAAAGCCCGCAACCCAAUGGUGAGCGACAAUUGUCCUGCUAGUUUCUAAGAACUUCAUCAAAAAUUGUUCGUGUGAGAAAGAAUAAAAUACAUUAUCGAUUAUAUCAAUCAUCGAUAAAGCUGUGUGAACUGAAAAUAGUUAUUCGUUAUGGCAGAAUUCGAGUGACCUUUAUUAUAAAUAUAUUAUAUUUGUUAUUUUUAUUUUAGAAUUUAUAUUUUUUAUAAUUUUGUAUAAAUAUUAGAGAUUUUAUUAUCUUAAGUGGAUAAAUGAUGAUAUGGAUGUGUGUGGAAAAUUGUGUUUGCUUAUUUUCAAUUAGUUUUAAUAAUAAUUUUAAAAAGUUGGCGCAUUUGUAACAAUUGUUUUGUAUUUGAAAUUGUAAACUGCCAAUACUCUUCCUCAUUGUAAAUAUUAAGUUGUAAUUUACCAACUGCAGUAAUACCCCAGGAUAUAUAUAUAUAUAUA